AUUUGAUUGGUGUCAAAUGAUUAUUGGAGAAGCAUCGACGGAUCCGACUGUAUCAAAAAAGCGUUUCAUCUUUAACUUCUUCAAUUUUGACGAUCAGUUGGCUGAAAUUUUCGGUGUUCAAUUUGAAUUCGUCGGCCUCUGAAUCGUCCAUUUGCAGAAGACCGUAGCCAUUGGAGGUUUUGCUUUGAGGUUUGUUCGUUAAGGAAAAAAAACUGCUCCAUUUCACAACCGUGGCCUUGGAAUCUACCUGUAAUUAGCGAGUUUUUCAUUGGAGAGACUUGUUAUUCAUUAGUAAAGAAAAUUGAAUUCACACAUGUCUGUGGCAUUUCCCCAACUCUCCUGGUGGUCGUGGAGCGGGAAGCAUAAAGAACCUCGAACCUCUAAUGGAUCCGCUUUUAAUGCUUCACUAGAUACAGUCAUUCGGGAACCGGAUACUCUAAAAUUUCCUUUAGCAAAUGGUGCCAACAUAUCAUCCUCGUCUAGAAGGGUGAGGCGGAAAUGGCAUAGUCGAGAAGAAAGGAAAAUUGAUAGGGAAUACGACAUUGUUCUUGUUCCAUCUGAUGGAGGAUGUGUUUCAGGGUCAGAAUCUGAUGAUUCGGAUUGGUCAAUUGGAUGGUCAGAACCCCAUGGACCUGGAUUCCAGAGCGAUGAUGAAACAGACAACAGUUUUGCAGUACUGGUUCCAUGUUAUGGACGCGUUUACAAUGAUUUUGUGGAUGAAACAAAGAACAGUAUCCUAAGUGCUGCUGGGAACAUCAACGAUAGCUUUUCUGCAGAGAGCAAGAAAUAUAUGGAACAAUGGCUGUCCUCUCUUCAGAGCUGCUGAUGCACAGGGUUUAUAAUUGCUGUACGCAUCGGAUGCUAAUGCCCUGUUCCAAGACGAAAGCAUUCUGUGAUCUUUAGCUAUUCAAAAAUUACAAAAAUAUGGAAAAAAGAAAAGAAAAAAGAUUGUAAAAGUCUAUCUAUUCUGGCUUCGUUUGAUAUACAACUAAGAAGCAAAUUGGAUGAAAAGAUUGGAUCCAUUGAUUCCAAUCAGUGGGUGCAGGUUGUGCAGGUCGAAUCUUUUCCAUUCUUUUGAGCAUGCUUUUAAGAAGAGUGAGUUGAAAAAAGUAUGAUCUUAUCUGGUGGGAUGAAGCUUGUUAAAAUGGGAUGUAAAUACUUCGAGACUCCUUUGUAAAUAUGGAAGGGAGAAAGGAGGAAAGGGUUGAGCCAAGCAGCCGAGGCUUGGAGAAAAAGAGCAUUAAAAAAGAGGUGGAAGUGCAGGUAUGGUGUAAUUCUUUGAAGUUCAGUUCAUGUAUAAAGUGGGAAGUCUCAACUUUAAUUGAUCUGAACGUUGCUGUAAAUAGUGACUCAUUUGUAUGCAUUGUGUGAUCUGAGUGGGUUUGGUUCAUUUAAACGUUGCUGUAUAUGGUGACCUCAUUUGUAAAAUUUGUUGCACAUAGUAACACAGCUGUGCACCCGUGUAAUGUCUCUCCCUAUUCAAUGUAAUAUUCUUUAGA